CAGGACACGUGGCCUCUCUGGCGUCGGGGGCCUGGAACCCCCACCUGCAUGCAGCGCGUCCCCUCCACCUGGAGCUCGGAGGCUGGUGGUUUCCCCGCCCCGGAGCCCGCGGGACCCCGAGAGCCUAGCCGACUCUGCAUCCGAAGAGUCGGCUUUUCUGAUUGGCUUAGAGUGCGAACGCAGGCGAGCCCUGCCUGAGACCCGCUCUUUGAUUGGAUUUUCAAAGAACAGCAGAGUACGAAAUAAAGAGGCCUUCCGUCAUUGGGCCAUUGUGUGGAUCUCCUUUUGCCUUCUCCGCCGAGUGAAAAAGCCGCUCGGAAAUCUUCGUCAUGAGUCUUAAAUCUGGGCCUGUCAGUUCGUCCCAGCGUUACUGGUAUCUAGGCUGGGCAUGGGGUUUAUAGAGUUCAGCCAAUCACAUAACGCCGAGAUCAGGUUGCCAGGCAGAUUAUGGUAAUGAGGCCCCGCCUUUUAUGCUGCUCCCACUCUGCGGCGGGAAGAACCACCUGGAGGUGGCGGGGGGGGAUUGAUUUCCAUCACCCCUAGGGAGAGAGGAUCGGGGACCCGCUGAUCUUCCAGCUCCCCUCACCCAACAUCGUGCACAUCGCAGAGACAUCCCUUCGUCCUUCAUGAACACCUGCGUGGUAGACAGGUGACUGCCCUCCGCCCCAUGCUGCUCUAGGCGCCCCGACGUGAGCUGUCCAGGGAAAGGAUGGAUUCCAAAGAUGAGAGCUCACACGUGUGGCCCGCGGCUGCAGAACACGAAGAGACCGCCACACAGGUACACUUUGUCCCAGACGCCGGAACUGUGGCUCAGAUCGUCUACACCGAUGACCAGGUUCGGCCGCCCCAGCAGGUGGUGUAUACGGCAGAUGGUGCCUCCUACACGUCAGUGGACGGUCCCGAGCACACGCUGGUGUACAUCCAUCCUGUGGAAGCUGCUCAGACUCUGUUUACAGACCCCAGCCAGGUAGCUUAUGUCCAGCAGGAUGCUACAACUCAGCAGGCCUCGUUGCCGGUGCAUAACCAGGUGUUACCUUCCAUUGAGAGUGUGGACGGCUCGGACCCUCUGGCCACUCUGCAGAACCCUAUGAGUAGACUAGAGGCCAAAGAGGAAGAGGAUGAGGAUGAGGAUGAGGACACAGAGGAAGAGGAGGAGGAAGAUGGUGAAGACACAGACCUGGAUGAGUGGGAACCGGAUCCCCCUCGGCCCUUUGACCCGCACGACUUAUGGUGUGAGGAGUGUAACAAUGCACACUCCUCAGUGUGCCCAAAGCACGGCCCCUUGCACCCCAUCCCCAACCGUCCCGUGCUCACCAGAGCCAGAGCCAGCCUCCCCCUGGUCCUCUACAUUGACCGGUUCCUUGGAGGUGUGUUCUCCAAAAGGCGAAUCCCUAAGCGCACCCAGUUUGGCCCUGUGGAGGGACCCCUUGUCAGGGAGUCCGAGCUGAAAGACUGUUAUAUUCACCUAAAGGUUUCCCUUGACAAAGGGGACAGAAAAGACAGGGACUUGCACGAAGACCUAUGGUUUGAGUUGUCUGAUGAGACCCUUUGUAACUGGAUGAUGUUUGUGCGUCCAGCCCAGAACCACCUGGAGCAGAACCUGGUGGCUUACCAGUAUGGCCAUCACGUGUAUUACACAACAAUAAAGAACGUGGAACCCAAGCAGGAACUGAAGGUGUGGUAUGCCGCGUCCUAUGCUGAGUUCGUGAACCAGAAGAUUCACGACAUUUCUGAGGAAGAAAGGAAAGUUCUUCGAGAGCAAGAGAAGAAUUGGCCCUGCUAUGAAUGUAACCGCCGAUUUAUAAGCUCGGAGCAGUUGCAACAGCAUCUCAAUUCUCAUGACGAGAAACUGGAUGUAUUUAGCAGAACAAGAUGCAGAGGAAGGGGACGAGGCAAGAGGCGAUUUGGCCCAGGUCGACGGCCAGGGCGUCCUCCAAAGUUUAUCCGCUUGGAAAUCACCAGUGAAAAUGGGGAGAAGUGUGAUGAUGGGACACAGGACUUGCUACAUUUCUCCCCCAAGGAACAGUUUGAUGAGGCUGAGCCAGCUACUCUGAAUGGGCUGGAUCAACCAGAACCGCCCACUCUCCCGAUCCCUCAGCUGCCACAGGAGACCCCGUCUUCCCUGGAGCAGGAGCCGGAAGCGCACAGCCUGCACCUGCAGCCCCAGCACGAGGAGAGCGUGCUGCCCACCCAGAGCACCCUGACCGCCGAUGACAUGCGCAGGGCCAAACGCAUCCGAGUAAGUGGGAAGCAGGCGCUGGCCUUUCUCCAGCAGCAUCACCUGGGAAUCUUUUUCUUCCACGGGCGGGAGGGGAACUGCCCGCUGACCUGUGACCUCUGUAACAAGGGCUUCAUCAGCAGCGCCUCCUUGGAGAGCCACAUGAAGCUCCAUUCGGACCAGAAGACGUACUCUUGCAUUUUUUGCCCGGAAUCCUUUGACCGCCUUGAUUUGCUGAAAGACCACGUGGCCAUUCAUAUCAAUGACGGCUACUUCACCUGCCCGACCUGUAAGAAGCGGUUCCCAGAUUUUAUCCAGGUGAAAAAACACGUGCGGAGCUUCCACUCAGAAAAGAUCUACCAGUGCACGGAGUGCGACAAGGCCUUCUGCCGCCCCGACAAGCUGCGCCUCCACAUGCUCCGACACUCGGACCGCAAGGAUUUCCUGUGUUCUACGUGUGGGAAGCAGUUUAAGCGAAAAGACAAACUGCGGGAACAUAUGCAGAGGAUGCAUAAUCCCGAGAGGGAGGCCAAGAAAGCUGACCGCAUCAGCCGCUCCAAGACCUUCAAGCCUCGCAUCACGUCCACCGACUACGACAGCUUCACGUUCAAGUGCCGCCUGUGUAUGAUGGGCUUCCGGAGACGGGGCAUGCUGGUCAAUCACUUAUCAAAGAGGCACCCGGACAUGAAGAUAGAAGAGGUGCCGGAGUUAACCCUGCCCAUCAUCAAGCCCAACCGCGACUACUUUUGUCAGUACUGUGACAAGGUUUACAAAAGUGCCAGCAAGCGCAAGGCCCACAUCCUGAAGAACCAUCCUGGGGCCGAGCUCCCACCAAGCAUCCGGAAGCUCCGUCCUGCCGGCCCUGGAGAACCAGACCCCAUGCUGAGCACCCACACCCAGCUCACUGGCACCAUAGCCACUCCUCCUGUCUGCUGCCCCCACUGCUCCAAACAGUACAGCAGCAAGACCAAGAUGGUCCAGCACAUUCGAAAGAAGCAUCCAGAGUACGCCCAGCUCCCUAACACCUUGCACACGCCGCUGACCACCGCUGUGAUCAGCACCGCUCCGGCCGUGUUAACCACCGACAGUGCCACCGGCGAGACCGUGGUGACAACAGACCUGCUAACCCAGGCCAUGACAGAGCUGUCCCAGACCCUAACGACCGAUUACCGGACGCCACAAGGGGACUACCAGCGAAUUCAGUACAUCCCCGUGUCACAGUCCGCAUCCGGUCUCCAGCAGUCUCAGCACAUACAGCUUCAAGUGGUGCAAGUGGCCCCGGCCACCUCCCCUCACCAGUCUCAGCAGUCCACUGUGGACGUGGGCCAGCUGCACGACCCGCAGACCUACACCCAGCACGCCAUCCAGGUGCAGCACAUCCAGGUCACCGAGCCCGCCGCCUCGGCCCCGGCCUCCCAGGUGGCUGGGCAGCCACUGAGCCCCUCCUCCCAGCAGUCUCAGCAAGGGCUCAGCCCCUCCCACAUGCAAGGCAGCUCCUCGGCCCCAGGCCAGGCACCCCAGCAGCAGCAGAGCUCUGUGCAGCACACGUACCUGCCCAGCACUUGGAACUCCUUCCGUGGCUACUCAUCGGAGAUUCAGAUGAUGACGCUCCCCCCAGGACAGUUUGUAAUUACAGAUAGCGGUGUGGCAACUCCAGUCACAACUGGCCAAGUGAAGGCGGUUACUCCGGGUCAUUAUGUGUUGUCAGAAAGUCAACCGGAACUGGAGGAAAAGCAAGCCUCUGCCCUCUCUGGGGGAGUCCAGGUUCAGCCAACUCCGCACAGUGACUUGGACCCCCAGACCACCAGCCAACAGCAGCCCACACAGUACAUCAUUACCACCACCACCAACGGGAACGGGAGCAGGGAAGUGCAUAUCACGAAACCUUAACUGCCACCCUUGAGCUAGAACCCACAGUCACAUCAUGUCUUUUCUCAUUCAUAAAUCGGAAAGCUUCUGACACUUACAACUCUUUUUUACAAUUUGUCAUUCACUCAAGAGUUUGGAGGUUACAGUUUGGACACUCAAUUGACUGGGGUUUAUUUGAUCAAGGCCACCUUUACCAAAUUGACUCUUGGAACCCUAGGAGUUUCUGUUGUGGAAUGGAGAUCUUUCAGUGGCAAGUAGAGUUCAAGAUGGAGACAUUUUUACCUUGUUCGUGGGUUGUUUUUUUAACACAUUGAUAAGCCUUACUUUUCCUUUGUGGAACUAUUAAGUGGCGUAUUGUGUUUGUACCAAAGGUGGAGAAAGGGUGUGACAAGUCCAUGGCCAUGGAUUUCAUUCCAAGCUGUGGCACCAAAGGAGAAGGGGCAUCUUAUGGGUCGAUGUUAGGUCAGAACUGCUUCAUCUUUUGAGUUUGUGGGAACUUAACCAAGGGGGCCUAUUGACUAUGAAAAUAACAAUGAUGAAACAAAGGGUGACAGUGAUGUUCUGAAGGGAAAACUGUCGCCUAAAUUUUUUUUAUUGCUGAUUGAAAAAACAACAACUUGCCUUUUUAGGAAAAAUCAUUGUUGGGCGGUUGGUAGUACUUCCCAGAGAUACUACCCUCAGCACAUAAGGCCAAGAGACCAUGUUCUGCUGGAUCUUACACUAUUAGUCCGCAACGGUGGACUCCCUGUAAGAAAAAGGUUGCCUGAUGUCAGCAGAAUGUAAACUUCUGCAUUAAAGCAUCGCCACCAUUCUCUGAUGCGGUUGUAAUAAGGAGAUACUAGAGAUAGCUGUACCAAGUAACAUGACGGAGACGGUAUAUAUGUAUAUAAAGUGAGAAGCACUGAAACCUUGUCCUGCCUUGCAGGAACCAUACCAUUCAUUGGUAAAGGCUGAAUUCCUUUCUCUUACCAGGUGUAUAUUCGGCCCUCGCCCUCAGCAUUCAGUGUAUUUUAGAAUUUUUAAUGCUUUCUUAAAAUGAACAUUCUGUAAGGUUGGAUGGAAAGGUGGCCCUCCUUAUUUCUUACCACGCUUACCUUAAACAUACUACAACUCAUCUGGACCCUUGGGUAUGACCAACUUCACACUUAGGGGUAAAAUAAGAACGUGGGGACCAUUUUAAUACAUUAAGGCAGUGAUUUUCAACCUUUUCAUCUCAUGGCACACAAAAACUAGUCACUAAAAUUCUGUG